UCUGUGCCGUCCCCGGAGGGACCCUGGGCUCUGCCAGCGCCGCGCCGGCGGGUGAGACGCGCCGGGAUGAGCCGCGCCACAGCCGUGUUUGCUCAGGGAAUUGGCAGAGUGGCCUCUGCCUCACUGCGGGGCUGGGGGGGCUCAGCCCCGGCGGGGGAUUCUGCGCCCGCCGGCUCUUGGGCUGCUCCGGCUGGACGUGGCACUGACGUACAUCCCGACGGCUCCUUGCCGCCGGCUUGGGGCACGUGUGUCCCAGGGGAUACAUCUCCCGGGGACGUGUGUCCCCUAUCCAGCUUGAUGACAGCAUCAAGGUUUGGGGGGACACACACGCACCUGCUAAGCGCCCGCUCCCCAUCUGCGUCAGCAGGUGUUUGCCCACGCCGGUGACCGUCGGUGGCUGCGGUGGGGCGGCGGAGGGGGUUAUAAAGCCGGCUGAGUCGGGCACAUCUGGGAGCAUCCGGAGAAGCUUCUGGCACCGGGAGCAUGGAAAGCGCCUGGCUCUGCCUGCUCUGCCUGGCCAGCUCCGGCCUCAUCCUGCUGGGCUCCACAGAGCCAGUGCUGGGGCUCCAGCCAGCCAAGAGCCUGCCCGGGCAGAGCCAGGAGGAGACGGAGCUGGUCGAGGCGCUGCAGGAGGUGCUGGAGAAGCUGGGGAGCAGGGAGCUGCCGGCGGUGGAGAAGAGGCUGAGCUGGGUGCCCUUGUGCGAGCCUGGGGACCCCUGCGCGGUGCGGAGGGGGGCACGCAUCGGGAAGCUCUGCAGCUGCCCCCGCGGCACCGCCUGCAACUUGUUCAUCCUCAAGUGCUCCUAAGGGAUCGAGGACACCGGGGACACCGGCAGCCGCCGGGAUGCUGCUGGCCCAGGCUGUGCCCCAUGCAGUGGAGGGGCAGCCGUGGGCCCCCGGCCCCCUCCCCGCACCGGGACAUGCCUGGAUGUGCCUGUACAGCACCCUUGGGUGCCCCGGCCCGUGGGGCUGUGGGUGUCCAGGGUCAG